AUGCUGCGCAAAGAGCUUCCUAAUUCACGUGAUGUCAUCAGUCACAUGGGGAACGUUUUCACUGCUCUUUGUCUCAAUGAAAAAGGGUUGAAACAGUUCAAAGCCUAUGCUCCCUUCGAUCAUGUGUUCAACAUCGUUUUGAGCAUCAAGUUCAUUGUUACCAUGAAGAAAAAGCGUAGUGAAAUGAAUGAUGCUGCCCAAGGAAUUGGAAGCUCUUUGGAUGAUUUAUUGCGACAUCAACCUACCUUGAAGCCUUUAAUGCUUGACUCAGUACUCGGGGUGCUUGACCGCCUUGUCGAACUCGGUAAUAACCCUCCGCCAAACACAAAGAUAGUGAUGGCACUAUCAAGAUCAGCAAGUAAAGCUGCCAGUCAGAGUUUCGGUAGUGGCUCCAACACUCCCAAUGUCGAGCAGCUUCCAAUGUCUCCACCCGAAAUUGAAGAAAUGUCUGAUGAUGACGAGGAAGCUGAGAUGAGUAUGGACGAAAUUAGUGGAGUGGGGCAAUGUGUGGCUGACAAAAUGGGACUUGAAAUGGAUUGUCCUUCUGAUGCCAAAGAUGGUACGCGAUUGCUACCGCUUGGAGACUAUCUCCUUAUUUUCACAAAGAUAUUUGAAGCCAUUAUAACACAAGUUGCCGCCGCUGACCUUGUUGAAGGAUUUGUUGAGAAAAAUGGUGUUGAAAAGAUUUUAUCUCUCUGCAAUCUGCCUUCACUUGCUGCUGAUUUGGCUGCCAGCACAUUUUCCGCAAGCGUUGGUACUAUUGUAAAAUUUGUUCUGCAACACGUCAAAUCUGGAGAUAAACUCAUGCUUGCUAUCAUGGAGGUCUUCCUACAAUCCAUCGGUCCUCUUGCUGCUCGCACAUCUCGGGAAUUCCCUGAUUCAAGCACUGGCGCCUCCAUGCUUGUACCAUUGGGCGAUGAAGGCAUCGUGACAGCGAUAACUAGCAUGAGCAAUGCUGUACCAAUUCUCAGCAUGUUGACGAAGAAUACCGCAAUUUCGGUGCCACAAACACAG